AUUAGGAGUGCAGUGUAGGAGGAGUGGUACUAGAGGGCCAGGACGGGGGCAGAGAGCUAUUUCUCUGAAAGUACACCGUAAUUCUCUGCCUUUUGUUGAGCCCGGUAAGGAUGAAGACAGCAUUUUUCAUUGUUUAUCCCCUUCCUGUGCUGAUAGCAAUAGCACAGUCAACACCAGAGAGUGUCUACCCUGUGGUCUCUUUGAAACAUGGCCGAAUCAGAGGGGAAUAUGGUAUGGUCAAAGGCACAGAGAGGAGAGUGAAGCAAUACCUGGGAAUCCCCUUUGCCCGUGCCCCUGUGGGACCCCUCCGCUUGGCUGCACCCCAGGAUGCAGAGCCCUGGGAAGGGGAGAGAGAUGGCACGCAACAGCCCCCCAUGUGUAUCCAGGAUCCAGAGAUAGUUGUGAAUGUUUCUAGGACCAUGUCAAUGCAAUACACCCCACAAGAGCUUUCAGAGGACUGUCUGUAUCUGAAUGUAUACACUCCCAGUGAGGCAACAAAAGGGGCAAAACUACCGGUGAUGGUGUGGAUCCAUGGAGGAGGUCUGGCAAUGGGUGCAGCUUCUCAGUAUGAUGGUGCUCCAUUAGCUGCUUAUGAAAACAUAGUGAUGGUUAUUAUUCAGUAUCGCCUUGGUAUUCUGGGAUUCCUCAGCACUGGAGAUGAACAUGCUCAGGGCAACUGGGGUUUCAUGGAUCAGCUAGCAGCUCUGAGAUGGGUGCAGGAAAACAUUGAGGACUUUGGUGGCGAUCCACAAACCGUCACAGUUGCUGGAGAGUCCGCCGGAGGCAUCAGUGCAUCCAUACUGACUAUAUCUCCGCAAGCAAAAGGACUAUUUCAGAGGGCAAUUUUUCAAAGUGGAGUCGCUACUCUUGGGAUCUACACUACAAGCCAUCCUUUGGAUCAUGCCAAGAUUGUUGCCAACAUUACUGGAUGUGACUGCAACAGUACAGAGAAACUGGUCCAGUGCAUGAGGGGAAAGAGUAUAGAUGAGCUGGUUGAUGCAACUAAAAAGAUGAAGAUUUACCUGGGAGCCGUGGUGGAUGGCGUGUUUUUGACUGAUACAGCAGAGGAGCUUCUAAAGAGGAAAGAAGUGAUGAAGGUUCCAGUGAUGAUGGGAAUCACCAACCAUGAGUUUGGAUGGAUCCUGCCUCAGAGCUUUGCGCCUCCUGGCUGGGAGCAUGGUAUGAACAAGGAGUCUGUGCUGGCAGUGGUGAACAUGUUCAAUCCUGCAGGGGCCUCCUUUGCCAACAGCCUCAUUGCAGAGGAAUACCUGAAAGAUGCCAAAACCCCAGAGGAGAUCAGGGACGGAUUCACUGAAAUUAUGGGAGACCUGCUGAUGACGCUGCCUGUCGUCAAGGUGGCCGGAUACCACUCAGAUGCAGGUGUUCCAGUUUACAUGUAUGAGUUUGUAUACCUUGCUGAGAUAUAUAAACACAACAGACCCAGCUUUGUGAAGGCAGAUCAUGCAGAUGAUGUUGGCUUCAUGUUUGGUGGAUGUUUCUGGGAUGGACAUAUAAAAGUCAUUGGCAACAUUACCAAGGAGGAUGAAAGAGUCUGUAGGACCAUGAUGACAUACUGGGCCAAUUUUGCCCGUACUGGCUCUCCCAACAGUCCUGGUCUGGUCAACUGGCCUCAGUAUGACAUGCAGACACAAGAGUAUAUGGAGCUGGGCCUGACACAGAUGGUGAGACAGAAACUGAAGAACGACAGGGUCCAUUUUGCGACUGUCACCCUUCCUCAGAAGCUGGACCAGUCAGCAUCAGCGGUGGCAGCCAUACCUGGAGAGUGAUCUCUGCUAUUUGUCCUAUUGUUUUAUAGGUCGCCUACUCACUAAAACUAAUGUUAAUUCUUCUCUGUUUUAUAAUGGAUUUACUGUGCUUCUUUACCAUGUGUCUGUUUUUGACAUGUACUCUUAAACAUAGCUGUAAUUGAAAUAAAUCAUUUUAUUGCAAAGAAAGGAAACGUGUCACUGGUUAAAACAUCCUGGUGGCAUAUUUUGUAGAUGCAGUUCAAAGGGAAUUUUACAGAGAGCAUGUGGGUGAAUGAAUGAGGACGACACUUCAUUUCUUUUGUCAUUUGGAAAUAAAAUACAUUUUCCCAUAUACUCUAUCACUCAAAAGUUUGGGGUCACCAAAAAAUUAGCGGGGUUGAGAUGCUUCCAUUAUAAACAGAGUACCAGCUGACU